CGACACAAGAUACACCCUGUAUAUAAGUAGGUAGGUUAAUAGCAUAGAAUAAUAUUAGGUACUAUUAUUAAUUAUUACUAUAUUACUAUAUAAUAUUAUGGUUAAUUGAUAAAUAAGUAGUAAUCAGAGAUACACUAUGCUGUAGACAGUGCCUACAGGAAUUAAAUAAAAAAUUACAGUUGGUACAUUCUAGCCCAUAACUGUUUUUAUCUUCCCACCUUUACACUAUAGAUACGUACAUUGUCUGACCAGACUGACCACGUCGUGUCCUAACCUUACUUUCGGUACCAGUAUUAUAUUUUACGUAAACUUCGCAACAGUAGUCUUGCAAACGCGAGUUACGGGUUAUUAAGUAUUCCAUUUUGUCGUUUGAAGUCGGAUAGGUAUUAAAAUACUACGAUAGGUAGUGGAUUUUAUGUCAGAUAAGAUAACUACCAUCAAAGCCAUCGUUGAAUUUAAAGUAUUUCAGAAUAAACUGCAGAUAUUGUUAUUAUGCCGUUACCUUCAUCGCCAAGUGACGAUUUGAGUCAAUCGCCAUCUAAAAACCAUUCAGAUGAACAGCAAGAGACAAUUCACACCGAGAACCAAGAGAACAACAAUAGUUCCAACGAUGGUAGAGACGGGUUGUCGUUGGACAUGUGGCGCACGUGCCCGGUGUCCUUGAUCCGAUCCAAUCCGUCAAUGCGCGUUGUUUAUGAUAGGGGUUUUUUAAAUGGAUUUUACAGAGACAACUUGAAGCAAUCUGCAAUGGAUUCAUCGCCGACAGAAUCAACAAAAACUGCAGAAAAUGUUUUACCCGGAGGCGCCAAGUUUGAGUCGUCGUCAGAAACGGGAGGGGUGACUGAUUUUGCAAUCCAUUUGGCGGUCGACUCUGCAUUUUACAACGCUAUUGAGACGGCUUUGGACAGCGCAGUGGAGGUCGCGGAAAUCUCGAAGCUAGGUGCCUUUCAGGCCCAAGCUAUAUCUCAAUAUAGACGGUCCUAAUAUGAAUUCAUACCUUAUAUAUAAUUAUUAUAAUAUAGAUAUAUAAAUAUAUAAUUUGUAUAGUACAAUUGUACCGCAACCUCAAUUAUAUUAUUAUAUUAUAUUAUAAAAC